AUGACAAACUCAACAAUAUUACGAACUCUGCCUAACAUACUCGUCACUGGGACUCCAGGAACAGGCAAAACGACCUUCUCUGCUCAGCUGGCAGCCGCAUUGACACCGCCAUCAGCAUCAACAGGAACAUCAAGUUUUACACAUAAGAAUAUAUCGCAGCUAGUAGCUGAAAACAGUUGGCAUUCUGGAUAUGAUGAAAGGUGGCAGUCAUACUUGCUGGAUGAGGAUCAAGUCGUUGAUGGACUAGAGCCUGUAAUGGGGGAAGGAGGUAUCAUCAUCGACUAUCAUGGAUGUGACUUCUUCCCCGAACGCUGGUUUGAUCUCGUUAUAGUAUUGAGAGCUCAAACUUCGGUGCUUUAUGACCGUCUGCAUGCAAGAAAAUAUCCCAAACACAAGAUCGAAGAAAACAUAACCUCAGAAAUCAUGAAUGUGAUCCACGACGAGGCAUUUGACUCUUACAAACCAGAAUGCAUACUGGUGUUAGAGUCAAACACCGAACAAGAUUUGCAAUCCAAUCUCGCAUCUGUAUCUAGAAUCGUGGCUCAAUAUCAGCCCAAACAGGUCAUGGCUGCACCAACAGCUAAAUAUGAGGAUGACGAUGAGGAAUCGAAUGGGGUGGACCAGGACGAUGAGGACGAUGGCGAGGAUUUGCAUGAAUAUAGAGAUGAAUCGAACGUGCAAGGUGUGAAUGAGUAUCCAGAUUGGCCAAAACCUAUUGCUGGGGAUGUCUCUGAUGAGGAGUCUGAGGAGGAGCACUAUAUGGAAGAUGUGGUGACGGAUGGGAAGAGGAAGAGAGCCUAG